GCCUCACUUCUGCUGGUGGCCGGCAGGGGGCGGAGUUCGAGCCUCGAUUUUUCCGUCCCCCGGGAGGCCGUCCGGGCGUGGGGGAGGGGAGGGCGGGGCUGGAGGACGCGGUUCCGUCGGCUGCAGCGCUACUUUUGGUCCGGGGUCGGCAGGGAGGCCGCGGCUACCGCAUCAGAGCUGACGUGGGGACUACGUGGGGCCGCUGCCGGCGCCGGGUUGCUGGGCGGCGGCGCCGCUGCUGAGCGGCGGUCGGGCUCGCCGUCUCCACCUCCUCGCGUCCGUAAUCAGUGACGAGGUCCGCUACGUAAAUCCCUUUGCGGCGGCACUGAAUAAUGAUGUUUUGAUCAAUGAUGGACCACAUAUAUGUCCCUUAAGAUUAUAAUGGAGCUGAAGAAUUCCUGUCACCUAGUGAUGUCCUAGCUGUCCUAAUGUCAGAGGGCAGAGUAUUAACUUUUCGAUGUUUAGGAUAAAUAAAGAAAACGGGAAAGGAGGAAAGCAUUGAUUACAAAUGUCUUAACAAUGAGCAAAUGUGCAAGGAAAAAAUAUAUUAAGACAAAUCUAAGACAAAUGACCAUGGAAACAGUUGAAUCCCAGCAUGAUGGAAGUAUAACAGCUUCUUUGACAGAGAGCAAAUCUGCUCAUUUGCAGACUCAGACUGGCCAAAAUUCAAUCCCUGCUUUAGCUCAGGUAGCAACAAUUGCAGAGACAGAUGAAUCUGCAGAAUCAGAAGGUGUAAUUGAUUCUCAUAAACGUAGAGAAAUCCUUUCACGAAGACCCUCUUAUAGGAAAAUACUGAAUGAACUGUCCUCUGAUGUGCCUGGUGUUCCCAAGAUUGAAGAAGAAAAAUCAGAGGAAGAAGGAACACCGCCUAACAUUGCUACCAUGGCAGUACCAACUAGCAUAUAUCAGACUAGCACGGGGCAAUACAUUGCUAUAGCCCAAGGUGGAACAAUCCAGAUUUCUAACCCAGGAUCUGAUGGUGUUCAGGGACUGCAGGCAUUAACAAUGACAAAUUCAGGAGCUCCUCCACCAGGUGCUACAAUUGUACAGUACGCAGCACAAUCAGCUGAUGGCACACAGCAGUUCUUUGUCCCAGGCAGCCAGGUUGUUGUUCAAGAUGAGGAAACUGAACUUGCCCCAAGUCACAUGGCUGCUGCCACUGGUGACAUGCCAACUUACCAGAUCCGAGCUCCUACUGCUGCUUUGCCACAGGGAGUGGUGAUGGCUGCAUCACCUGGAAGUUUGCACAGUUCCCAGCAGCUGGCAGAAGAAGCAACACGCAAACGAGAGCUGAGGCUAAUGAAAAACAGGGAAGCUGCCCGGGAGUGUCGCAGGAAGAAGAAAGAAUAUGUCAAAUGUCUUGAAAAUCGUGUGGCUGUGCUUGAAAACCAAAACAAGACUCUCAUUGAGGAACUCAAGGCCCUCAAAGAUCUUUAUUGCCAUAAAGUAGAGUAACUGUCUUUGACUUGGACCUUGUUUACUGUGAACUCUAAUCAAGGCAGGAGAUGCAGCAGUCCUACUUAUUGCCAUGUGGACUUGUGGAAAGGACACGUGUGACCCUUAAGAAUCCAGUUCGGAUUAGUGUUUGAAAUUGAAUUGGGAUUGUUGUUCCAGGAUGUGGAAUGCAGCUGUGAUCACACUUACCGAGCUUACUUUGACCUGUUUGUCAAUAGCAUGCAAAAAAUGCUUUGUUUGCCCUUUGCUUCUGCUUUUUUCAGGGAAGCUGCCAAAGAAUGUCGACGUCGAAAGAAAGAAUACGUAAAAUGUCUGGAGAGCCGAGUCGCAGUGCUGGAAGUCCAGAACAAGAAGCUUAUAGAGGAACUUGAAACCUUGAAAGACAUUUGUUCUCCCAAAACAGAUUAGUAGAGAUAUUUAACUAUGAACUGAAGACAGCAUGUAUAGUUGCUUUUGAAGGAAUACAGUAUAUAAGCUGGCAAGAAUGGUGGCUUCUUUUCUUUGUAUCAUUCAUCUUCUUUAAUCUCUUAACAUUCCCAAAAUGCUUCACUGUACAUAGUUAAGUCAUGGCUAUAACUUCAAAUUUUUUAAAAGAGACAAACUAAAAAAUGUAUGUAACAGAUUCUUAAAAUGCAAUAUUUGUAAGGCUUGUUCCAAUGCCACAUACUUGCAGCUCCCAUUCUCCGUGUCAUCAGUAGUGUCCUAUGCAAUAAAAUUAUUUGCAGGUCUUUAAAUCAUUUUAGGAAAGGAUGAUCAAAAAUAAUGCAUCCAGCAGUACAAUUAAAGUAAACCACAAAAAAAAAAUACCUCAGGAAAGAAUAGAAAGAAAGUCUAUCUAAUGACAUGCCUAUAUGAGAAUAGCCUAGAUAUGAAUAUAUGGCAUUUGCAGAUUUUUAUAUUAGUUGCUUUGUUAAAAAAAAAAGAAAAAAAGAAAAAAAAGAUUGUAUUGCUGUCCUUGAAUGCCAUAGUCAAAGAGAGUUUUUAAUAGAACCAUGUUGGUUGCACUUUGUAGUGUUUGGUGCUCAUUUAAGUAUCUGAACAUUUACUACAGUUUUUAACUGUAUUGUGUAACAUAAAAGAUCUUGCAGAAGUUCUUAGUGUCGGUUUAAUAUUAACUAAUGAAAGUGAUGACAUAUUUUUUCUAUCUGGAAUGAGCCUGUUGGGAUCGCAUCGCAUACCGUCCGGGUACAAGUCAGUUUCUACACUGGGUGCUGAUCCUUGCACGCACCCUUUCUACCAUCUCAUGGUGGGGAUGGCCGCAGAUUGUGCACCCAAAAGAAAAGAAUGGCUGUUAGCGGCCUUCGUGAUGGCCUGAGACUAUCUGUAGGUGGUCUGGAGCUGUCUGGCUGGUGGCCCCCUAUUUUGCCAUUUAGCGAACAACCACAGAAAUUUUAAAAACAAAAGCAUCCCAAGAUUUUUUCAUUUCAAAAAGCCUCAAAGUCCACAUUAGAUCAGAUAGCCUGCUGUCAGCACACUCAGCUGAGGUUCAUUACAAUCAAAGCCGCAGUGUGAUCUACGUUUCAUCUUGUUUUAAUAAUAAAAAGCUUCAGGAAACAAGCCCAAAGCCCUCACCACA